GCGGAUAAGUCAAAGAUAUGAAGCUGCAUAGCUGCAUAGCUGUAUGGCUAUUCCCUCUUUAUUGUCAAAUGCAGACGUAGAAGAGGUCUGCAGUCAGAGUCAAGAUCCAAAUGGCUCCUUCCUCUGUUUGUGUCGGGCGCCCGCCUGAAUGGUCAUGUGACUUCUACGCGUUGAUCAAAUCGACGCGACGCGCUGGUUGAGCAAGACGCAAACUUCCACCAGCCAAACGUUCAAGGAGGGCAGUAAUGCCUUUGAGGCCGUAUCUAUUUUGUCCUACGAGUACGAGUCGAUACCUUACCACCCAUCAUGGAAUCCAUUGAUGAGGCCUUCCACAGAGACAUGAAGGCUGCGAAGCCAGACGUGUCCAUCGGAGAAGAUGUCUACUUGGUGGGCUUGUUGAAGCAUAAGAAAAUCCCUGCAGAUGCAAAUUUCAAGGCAGAUGUCUUGUGGGUCAAAUGCCGCGCACGCAGCAAAGUCUCCCACCUGAAAGCCCAAUACCUGGAGCGGUAUCUAUUGUCGCAAGACAUACAUCUAAGGCACUGCGGUGUGUUCCUGCCGGGGGGUAAGAGGAUCGGGGAGCUUGAUCGCGAUGGCGACCGUGUGAUCGCGAUCGAGGUGAUUGCGGAAGGAGACAUGUUUGCCCGACGACGAGAUAUAUUUAAGCCCCUGGUGAAUGACAGUCCAAGGAAUACUUUGACACCGCUUGCACAUGAGGGCUCGGUCAAAGAGGAACCUGGUUCUCAAUCACCGUGGUUGUCUCCAGCGUUGUCGAGUAAUCGCGGCCAACUCCAGACUCCCCUCAACAAGAAUAUGUCUCCAGCCAUUCACGAGGCUGAGCAUUCCCAAAGUCCUGCUUCACUUGACCGAAUUGCUCCCGCCGCGACCACGGAGACCAUACCCGUCGACUUUGAUGAAUUCGUCGAGCGGUGUGCCAUGCGAGAUUUUGUUCAUGAACGUCUAGCUGAAAAUUUUCCUCAACGCAAGAUGGCUGUUCGCUUUAAAAAAAAGCGGGAAGAUAUUGUAUCUUUAUGGCCGAUCUUGUCUAAAGUCCAUAAGGUGCACAGGACAAGAGCACGUCUAUUCCUUGAAGAUAUGGAUAAUAAAGGAUCACGAUUCCUACUUGACCAUUUCAUUCAGAAUAAUGCAGGCUUUUAUCUAUUUCGCUUUUCAUCUAAGGGGCCCAUCCGUCGAUUCAGCACACUAGACGCUUCUUAUACAUUCAUGAAAACCAAAUGGGACGUGUUGUCUAGCGAUACGAGGCAUAAAUGGGCCGAGUAUGCGAGAGAGCUUCGACACACUUCAGCCAUGGGCAAAGAAUUCUUCCCCUUGGUUUCUACACCACACACGACUCUAUCUCACCCUUGCCAGACUGCCAGCCCUGAAAUGGAGUCGAGUAUUGCUCACCCUGAACCGCCCCCGCCGCCUCCACCACCUCACUUGGACCUACAGAAGUUGUUUGCUGAGAGCGAUACUGAAACUCUCGAGGCGGCUGCCAAAGUUGGAGUCGAGUUGCUCGAGUCUCUGAAGGAGCCACUAUCCCGCCUGCCAGCGGAAGAGGCUGCUCAAUGGCUGCAAACCGUUCAGAACAUUCAAGGGCAAGCCGCUCAACCCCGGACUAUUGUCGGCGUCGUCGGUAAUACGGGAGCUGGAAAGUCGUCCAUCAUCAAUGCAAUGCUCGAUGAGGAAAGAUUGGUGCCGACAAAUUGUAUGCGGGCAUGCACUGCGGUGGUCACGGAAAUUUCCUACAAUCAUAGUGAAGACCCAUACCGAGCAGAGAUUGAAUUCAUCGCCCGGGAAGACUGGGAGAAAGAACUGCGCGUCUUGUUCAAUGAUCUGCUCGAUGGCACCGGCCAGAUUUCCCGCGAGGCAACUAACGAAGAUAGUGAGGCUGGUGUCGCAUAUGCCAAAAUUAAGGCCGUAUAUCCCAAGCACACCAGGGAAAUGCUCCAAGAGAGCACCGUGGAUAAACUCAUGCAACAUUCGAACGUCCAGAACGUGCUCGGUGCCAGGCGACAGAUCUCAGAAACCGACUCCCUUCGCUUCUACAAGAAGUUGCUCACCUUUGUGGAUAGCAAGGAGAAAACAACUGGUGAGAAAGACAAAGACCGUCGGUCAUCCGUGGAGAUGGAGUUGUGGCCUUUGAUCAAGGUUGUUCGCCUCUAUGUCAAAGCCUCUGCGCUCUCGACUGGGGCCGUCGUGGUUGAUUUGCCUGGUGUUCACGACUCUAAUGCGGCUCGUUCCUCCGUCGCAGAAGGCUACAUGAAGCAGUGCACCGGCUUGUGGAUUGUGGCUCCUAUAACACGGGCGGUGGAUGACAAGGCCGCCAAGUCUCUCCUCGGCGAAACGUUCAAGCGCCAGCUCAAGAUGGACGGUGGUUUAAACACGGUCACGUUCAUAUGUAGCAAGACCGAUGAUAUUAGUAUCAUGGAAUGCCAAGAUUCCCUAGGCCUUGAAGAGGAGAUGGGUGCUCUCUGGGCCAAGUCUGAAGGGCAUGCCUCUGAAAAACGAGACAUCAAACAACGACUGGAGGAGCUGAAAGAGACGAAGCAGCUUUAUGCGGCCACUACGGAUAGUAUCGAUGAAGAGCUUGAAACGUGGGAGACGUUGAAGGAGGAUCUGGAUGAUGGCAAAACUGUCUUUCCUCCAUCCGACCAAUCGUCGAAAAAGAGAAAACGCAGUGGCGGCCAGAAAGAUUCACGGAAGCAAUCCCGAAACGGAAACUCCGACAUUGAGAGUGAUUCUGUUGCCAGUGACAGUGAUAACCAGAGUGAUGAUGAUGACGAUGAAGGGGGCAACACUCUAUCUCGAGGCGACCCUCUUACCAAAGAAAAAAUUGUAGAAAAGAUUACGGAACUCAAGGCUACGAAGAAAGAGAGUCGGCGCCGCAAGCUAGAUCUGGAAGCUGAAAUCAAAGAGCUGCGAAAACAAGUAUCUGCCAUUGAUGAAGCCGAGUCUGAUGUUCAAGGCGAGCUAAGCUCAAUUGCGAUAUCUGGGCGGAAUAAGUAUUCACGAGGCGCGAUCCAGCAGGACUUUGCAGCUGGUGUCCGAGAGCUUGAUCAGGAACUUGCUGAAGAGGAGGACGCGGCAAAUUUCAACCCAGACGUCGAUGCGCGCGACUAUGAUCAGGUCGCUCAAUCCCUUCCGGUCUUUUGUGUCUCGUCUCGCGGGUAUCAAAAGCUGCAAGGGCGACUCAGAAAAGAGCCUUCUGUACCAGGGUUCCGGACCAUUGAGGAGACCGAGAUCCCUCAACUCCAGGCGCAUUGCAGGAAUGUCACGGAUACUAAUAGAGAAACUUGUUAUCGUCGGUUUCUAAACAGCUUGAACCAACUCCUGAACUCUCUGUGGCUGUGGUCAUCUCCAGAUCUCAAUGGCGCCCAUCUCACUGACGACCAGAAAUCCAAGCAGGCGUCCAUGGUUCGCAGUAAACUUCAACAACUCGAGACUGACAUGGAGACACUCCUUCAAAAAAUCUACCAGGACAUUCGAAAUGAGUUCAAAAGCGCCAUAUUUGACACCUGUGAUACCGCCGUCUCCGCAGCUGAGAAUGCUGCAAGCCAAACUGUCCUCCGAUGGGCAGCGCCGAUCAAUCGUGCAAACCGUGCCGCCGGUGGUUACCUCUGGGGAACGUACAAGGCUAUAUGCCGCCGUAAUGGAACAUAUGCAAACGCUCAAGGCCCUCAUGAUUGGAACGCAGAGUUGAUCGAACCCGUCAUCAAGGCCGUUGCCUCGGACUGGGAACAGAUGUUCUCUCGGCGCGUUCAGUUCUUCAUGAAAAAGGCCACACAGGACAGUGGCAAGCUGUUCGAAUCCUUCCAUAACAGUGUCCAGGACGAAGUUAGUGGGAAUUCGCGAGCUUUGGGGAGUCUUCAGAUGCUGUCGCAUCAGUUAGAAAACUAUCGACGACUGCUCCAUGAUCUUUACGACAACAGCGGUAAAGGCAUCGUGUUGGAAUCGAGGGAAAUCAAUCGUAUGUUCCAACCGGUCAUUGGAGAGGCCCUGAAUGCUGCCUACUAUUCCUGUACGGCAGAACGCGGCCCCGGUAGUUUCAUGAGGAUGAAGGCAACCAUGGCCGAACACGUUGAGAAAGCCCGCUUAACAAUGUUUAGUCAGAGUGCGGACGUUGUGAAAAAUGCUCUCGAGAAGCUUAUUACUUCAGAGAAGAAGAGAGUGAUCGACAGCGCCGAAGAAGUGAUGUUAUCUGUGGAACGAGAUUAUUGCUCUGCACUGAUCGGCAGUCACUCUAUUUCGGGAAAUGCCCUGCCCCGGACGCAGCGUCUGGCGCGCAGUGACAUCUUUAUGAUUCUCGAAAAGUGUGAGCCCAAUUUCAAGCGAUUGGCCGGCUGGGUGGAGGAAUCUGAAAAGGAUUCGAGCCCCGAACUACCCAGUGAUGGACAGCUCACUACUGAUAAUCAGCAACCCAACGAACAGACGGAACAGGCUAUAGGACCUGCCAAAGCCGGUGAAGGUGAAGAUACAGUCUGAUCAAAAACUAUGAGUCGAGCAGCCAGGAUCAACUUGGUGAGAUAUCACUUUUGACAGCUCGAACUGUACAUUCAUUCCCGAUUCCCCUGCCUUUCUUUUUACGCUCUAUUCUCUAUUCAUGAAGCUUAAGCAGGGAUUGGGCCAUAUGCGCAAUACAUAUUGAACUGUCCACAGAUUUUCUUUUGUUCUGGAACGGCAUUGGUUUUGAGCGGACGGAGUGAACAGUGAAUAUUUACUCUCUUUUUGCAAACCCCCUGUACAAUAGGAAUAAAAGAAAUGUGUUUAUUUUCUUAAUCUCUAUGGAUCUAUGAGGAGUCAAGUUCUAGGGUAAUUGAUGUACAGAGCGAACUCUGCAACGUCUAAUACUGUUAACCUGAUUUUGACACCUUGAAGCCGGU